AGCGGCCCAGGUGAGCACCGCUUCCGGGGUCGGCAGCUUGCCUCGCCACUGCCUCGGUUUGUCGAUUCCGUCGGGUGCACCGGAGACGGAGGCCAUGGCGUCCUCCUCUGUCCCGCCGGCGACCGUACCGGCGGCGACAGCGGCUCCGGGCCCGGGUUUUGGCUUCGCCUCCAAAACCAAGAAGAAGCAUUUCGUGCAGCAGAAGGUGAAGGUGUUCCGGGCGGCCGACCCGCUGGUGGGCGUGUUCCUGUGGGGCGUAGCCCACUCGAUCAAUGAGCUCAGCCAGGUGCCUCCCCCAGUGAUGCUGCUGCCAGAUGACUUUAAGGCCAGCUCCAAGAUCAAGGUCAACAAUCACCUUUUCCACAGGGAAAAUCUGCCUAGUCAUUUCAAGUUCAAGGAGUAUUGCCCCCAGGUCUUCAGGAACCUCCGUGAUCGGUUUGGCAUUGAUGACCAAGAUUACUUGGUAUCCCUUACCCGAAGUCCCCCAAGUGAGAGUGAAGGCAGCGAUGGUCGCUUCCUUAUCUCCUAUGAUCGAACUCUGGUCAUCAAAGAAGUUUCCAGUGAGGACAUUGCUGACAUGCAUAGCAACCUCUCCAACUACCAUCAGUACGUUGUGAAGUGCCAUGGCAACACACUGUUGCCCCAGUUCCUGGGGAUGUAUCGGGUCAGCGUGGACAACGAGGACAGCUACAUGCUUGUGAUGCGCAACAUGUUCAGCCACCGUCUUCCUGUGCACAGGAAGUAUGACCUCAAGGGCUCCCUCGUGUCCCGAGAAGCCAGCGAUAAGGAAAAGGUUAAAGAAUUGCCCACCCUUAAGGAUAUGGAUUUUCUCAACAAGAACCAGAAAGUUUAUAUUGGUGAAGAGGAGAAGAAAGUAUUUCUAGAGAAGCUAAAGAGAGAUGUGGAGUUCCUAGUGCAGCUGAAGAUCAUGGACUACAGCCUUCUGCUGGGCAUCCACGACAUCAUUCGGGGCUCCGACCCAGAGGAGGAGGGGCCUGUGCGGGAGGAGGAGUCAGAGGGGGAUGGGGACUGUGGCCUGACCGGACCACCUGCUCUGGUGGGCUCCUAUGGCACCUCCCCUGAGGGUAUCGGCGGCUACAUCCAUUCUCAUCGGCCCCUGGGCCCUGGAGAGUUUGAGUCCUUCAUUGAUGUCUACGCCAUCCGGAGUGCUGAGGGGGCCCCCCAGAAGGAGGUGUAUUUCAUGGGCCUCAUUGACAUCCUGACACAGUAUGAUGCCAAGAAGAAAGCAGCUCAUGCAGCCAAAACUGUCAAGCAUGGGGCUGGGGCAGAGAUCUCCACUGUCCAUCCUGAGCAGUAUGCUAAGCGGUUUCUGGAUUUUAUUACCAACAUCUUUGCCUAAGAGACUGCCUGACUCCAUGCUGACUGCUGCUUUAUGUUCAAGGUGGCAGGGUUCUGAGAGGCUUGGGGGAUUGUGGAAUGCUGACCACUGUUUCUUCUCUUCCUCCUUUGUUAAAUUCCAGCUACAGGCUCCUUCCAUUCAGAUAACUCCAUCUUGUUGAGUAGGCUCUUCCUGGCCCUCAGAAAUACAUUGUCCUAUCUCCCCCGUCUAGUUUUCUUCCUUCUCUCUCUGCCCUCCAACAAGUCUCCUUGCUUCAUUAGAGUUACUGUUGACUCACUCCCAAGUGCCUUGAUCUUUGUACAUGUCCUACUGUUUCUAUAACAUAGGAGGAGAUGGAGGGAGGGGGGGGUUGCCAUCCUCAGGACCUGACCGGACAGACGGACCUGGCUCAAGCACUACUCUGGAUGCACUUUGCUGCGUGGGAUGAACUAAGAGUGUCUGAAUUUUGCUGAUAACUUUAUAGAACUCACUGUGGCAUGCCCCCUUCCCAGGAGGCCCUGGGAUGGAGGACUUUCAAGAUACUACAGUUGUGGAUGCUGGCAUGCACAUAGGAUGGGAUGUGGCCCAUCAUGUGUACGUGUACACACACACACACACACACACACACACACACACACAUACACACACACACCCCCCCCCCACCUCCCAGAGGUGGGAUCCAGGAGGGCUCGCAAUUAUGUGGGGAAUUGGAGAAGGUCUCCAUGAAGAAUUGACUCCUCUCCAAUCUCUUCCCUCACCCCACUUUCAACCCCCACCCCUGUACUUCUGGCCACAAGUGCCCAGAGAUGACCAAAGUGUUGAAGUCUGGGUGAAGAUGUUUGUUGCUGCUCUUCACCAGGACCUCCCACCCCUCCCAGGGCUGGAACCCUUCAGUAGGGGUGUGAGCAGUUCUGGAGGCCGGGAUGAUGGGCCAGGGUAUAAGGUUCAUUCACAGUACUAAAUGUCCUUUCUUCAGGUCUAGCCAUCCCUGUGGUUUUAUUCCCAGCAAAGGGAAAUACCUGUACUUGGGUCAACCCCGGUCAUUUCAAGAGGAUGAAGGUCUCAAGUGUGGGAACCUCCAUUCUCAUCCGGCCCAGGGCCCUGGAGAGUUUGAGUCCUUGGAGGUGUGCGCCUAGCAUACCUUCCUCCCCAGCCCUUUCUCAAACCCUUUUUCCAGUUGUAUUUGUUAUUCUGUUCUUUUCUGUCUCGUCCCAUACUGCUACUGUGUCUCCCAGGGGACAGAUGGCCUUCUUUGUCAUCUUCACUCUCCACCCCCAGAGAGGAGUCAGAGCCAUAACUCAAUCACCCAGCCUCCUCCAAAGAGUUGAAAUGACAUGUAGUAGUCUCAGAAUGGAGAGGACCCUGAAGAGCCAGAUCAUGGUCUCCCCUCCCCCUAAUGCCUCUGGGGUUAAGGCAGCCAUUCUUGCUACCCUCCAUUCCCCUUAUGGCUUCUACACUUUUUUUUUUUUUAACAUAAAGAUGGGCACCAGUGACUGCCUGUGGGGAUGCAAAGACUCCUUGCUCUGUAUCUAGCUGGACUGAUCUCACAGAAGUCAUGCAAUCCUAAAAGAGAAUUCCUCCCUCUCCUCCAUCUUCUGCUCGAAGGGAAGUAACAAGAUGAGUCCACAGCUAAGGAUUAGAGCCCCUAUAAUCUCUUCCCACCAGGGGCCUGAUGAUCUUUCUCAUUCCAACUGUCUACUUUUCCCCUGUCGAAUGCAAUAAAACUUCAUGACACCAGCAGCCGUUGCUCUUUAGAAACUGGUUUUCUGACCAUGUGGCUGAUGUAUUGUGAGCAGUAUGGUCUUCAUUUGUUGCUUCUGUUUUUCAUCUUUUUUUGUUUUAUUAAUUAAUAAAAGAGAUCUUGUGUAUUUAUUCCCA